AUGGCGACCACAAGUGCCAUUGUGGGAACGGCUAACCUCGAUCUCAUCGAGGCUCCCGUUACUCUGCGUGCCUAUCUGAUUUGUGGAUUUGCCAGCUUUGGAGGUAUUCUCUACGGUUAUGAUUCCGGCUACAUCUCCGGUGUCCUCGGUAUGGAUUUUGUGAAGAAACACUUCGGAAGCCCCCGUAUUCCCACCAAGGAAGAUCCAUCUGAGUGGAUCAUUCCCAGCUCCCGAAAGUCCCUCAUUACCUCCAUUCUCUCAGCUGGUACCUUUUUUGGGGCUCUGAUUGGAGGUUCGGCCGCUGAGCAUUUCGGUCGUCGUCUCACUAUUAUGAUGUCUUGCCUGCUCUUCUCCAUCGGAGUAGCUGUUCAGGUUGGAUCUUCCAACGUCGCUGGUCUUGUUGCGGGCCGUCUGGUUGCUGGUCUCGGUGUUGGAGGUGUUUCCGCUAUUGUGGUUCUCUACGUCUCUGAAAUUGCUCCUCGCAAAGUCCGUGGUCUACUCGUGGCCUCUUAUCAAUGGGCCAUCACCAUUGGUCUGCUCGUCGCUUCUGGCGUUGGACAGGGUUGUAAGAACAUCAACAAUCGCUCUUCUUAUCGCAUUCCUAUUGGAAUACAGUUUAUUUGGGCUGCCAUUCUGGCAGCUGGGAUGUUCCUCCUCCCCGAAUCCCCUCGAUACUACGUGAAACGUGGACGCAUAGAGGAUGCCUUGCGCUCGCUUGAGCGUGUCCGUGGGCAGCCUCGAAGCAACCCCGCCAUUCAAGCCGAACUUGCUGAGAUCAAGGCGAACUUUGAAUACGAAAGCCAAAUCACCAGCACAACCUGGCUUGACUGCUUUAAGGGUGGUUGCUCUUCCCGUGGUAAUCUUCGCCGAGUCAUCAUCGGCACCGGUGUACAGAUGUUUCAGCAAUGGACCGGGAUUAACUUCAUCUUCUAUUAUGGAACCACAUUCUUCCAGGAAGUCGGUCUUAAGAAUCCAUUCCUUAUAUCCACCAUUUUGAACGUCGUCAACGUUGUCGCAACUCCAGCAUCUUUCGUGUUGGUGGAAAAGGUGGGCCGGCGGACGCUGCUUAUCUAUGGCGCCGCCAUCAUGAUGAUCUGCGAGUUUCUCGUUGCCAUCGUCGGAGUUACCAAAGAAGGGACCCAUGCUGCGGAUGUCUGCCUCAUCGUCUUCACAUGUUUCUACGUCGCAGCUUUUGCCAUAACCUGGGGCAUAGGUGCUUGGGUAAUUAGCGGCGAGAUCUAUCCGCUGCCUAUCCGAGCUAAAGGAGUAGCUAUGGCAACUGCCUCAAACUGGCUCUGGAACUGUGUUAUUGCCGUCAUCACUCCUUACAUGGUUGAUGAAAAUGAAGCUAAUCUGAAGGUCAAAGUCUUUUUCGUUUGGGGCAGUGCGCUUUUCCUUUGUCUGUUGUUCGCCAUUUUCGUCGUUCCCGAGACCAAGGGUCUGAGCUUGGAGCAGGUUGACAAGAUGCUUGAGGAGACUACUCCCAUGACUAGUGCCAAGUGGAAGCCCCACGAGACCUUCGCGCAUGAAAUGGACAUGGUCGACAAGGCCGAGCCUACCAUCGGCCACCAUGAGCACAAGGCCACUGUUGCGACGGAGCAUGACGGUGCUAUCUAG